AUGGAGUACAAGCUGGCAGUGGAUUCCAGCAAGAAGGCCACGGAGCUGCCGCUCUUGAGGGUUUGCGGCACCGUGCAGCAGAAUCCGCACAUGCGGGCCUUCUGGGCCAGCACCAUAUCUUUCUUCCUUGCCUUCUUGGGCUGGUUUGCCUUGGCGCCCUUGGGCCUCGAAGUUGCGACCAGCAUGGGGACGUGCGAGAACCAGCUCUUCCCUCCUACGGACUUCCCAACGCGACCAGCCUACCUGAAGUUCAAGAACUUGAAGAGUGGGCUGAGCUAUUGCCAGUAUGGGGUUCUCAACGAGGACGGCAAGCCGAUCGACUGCGAGGACGUGCCAGCAGAUGUGGUGAGUGGCGCCGAGUCAACGGCUGAGCAGAAGGAGAAGUACAGGCCGCAGGUGCUGGCAAACUGCGUGUGCACCCCGGGCACGGAAUGUAGGAAUGCCGGCGUAGCCUCCGUUUCCUCGACCAUCUUCGUGAGGGUUGCCUUGGGGACGCUCCUCGAGCGCUUCGGUCCGGUAAACGUUCAGUGCGGCUUAUUGUCUUUUGGGGCCUUCUGGGUGGCAAUGGCGGCCGCCAUUACAGCUCCAUGGAACUAUACGCUGAUCCGCUUCUUCAUAGGUUGCGCCGGCGCCACUUUCGUGACCAAUCAGUUCUGGUGCUCGCUGAUGUUUGCGCCCAGUGUUGUCGGCACGGCCAACGCCACUGCGGCCGGUUGGGGCAACUUGGGAGGCGGCGUGACCCAGAUUUUUAUGAUGUCUGUACUUUUCAACCCUAUGGUGGCAUCCGGGUUGGAGCCGAAUGUCGCUUGGCGUGUCUGCAUGGCGGUGCCAGCGGUCAUGUUCGUAGUUUGUGCCGUUUGCAUGAAGCUCAUGUGCUGGGAUAUGCCUACGGCACGCAACUACGAUCCGGCCGUGACCGGCAAGACACAAAAGCCUUCGAUGUGGGACUAUGUCGAGGUGCUGCGUGACUUUCGCGUCGUGGUCAUGAUAUUCCAAUAUUCCGCGUGUUUCGGCACAGAACUCGCAAUGAACAAUCAGUUGGCUACGCAUUUUCGGACAUACUUCCAGAUGGAUGCAGGUGAUGCUAGCGCCCUGGCGGGUGCUUUCGGCUUGAUGAACCUUUUUGCUCGAUCACUUGGAGGUAUCAGCAGCGAUGUUUGCUUCAAGUACUUGGGCUUCCGUGGCCGCAUUUGGGCGCAGUUCCUGGCACUCUUCUUCGAAGCUAUCUUCCUAUUCAGUUUCGGAAACGUGGACAAUUCUCAGCCUUGGUACGUGGCAUUGGCAGUCUUGGUUUGCUUCUCGCUCUUUGUGCAGAUGGCUGAGGGCACCUCCUACGGCAUCGUCCAUGCGGGCUAUGUAAUGUUUUGGGCGCUGCUGAGCCCAUGCUACUACUGGUCCGAGAUGGGUGGGAUGUUUCACGGACCGGCACAGAGCUCCGAGAAGGGCAAGACGCAAAGCGGCGAAAUUGAAAAACAAACACACAGCAAGGAGCUGGUCAUCGGCGACCACAAGAAGACGGACUUCGCCUCCAUGGACAAGCUCUUCGGGGCCCUGGUCCAGUAUCCGGACACCACUGGACGGUUCGAUGACUACUCGAGCAUUGCCCAGGCCCUCCACAAGAAUGGCGCCUACCUUACCGUCGCUGCCGAUCCGCUUUCGCUGGUGCUGGCAAAGCCUCCCAGUGAGUUCGGUGCCGACGUGGUUGUGGGCUCCAUGCAGCGUUUUGGCGUGCCCAUGUGGUUCGGUGGACCUUCUGCCGCGUACCUGGCCACGUCGAAGAAGCAGGUGCGACGAAUGCCGGGCCGAAUCAUCGGAGAGUCGGUGGACAGACUGGGCAACCCAGCCUACCGUCUGACCCUUCAGACCCGAGAGCAGCAUAUCCGGCUGGACAAGGCCACAUCGAACGUGUGCACCGCGCAAGUGCUGCUGGCCAACAUUGCCGGAAUGUACUCCGUGUAUCAUCGCAAGGAUGGGCUCCAGAAAAUCGCCAAGAAGGUCCAUGGCUUGGCGCAGCUCUUUGCAAGCGAGGCGUCUCCCUCGCUUUCUAGAUGGGCUGCAAACAAGACAGAUGACCACUCUGGGCAGGCGGGAAAGGCUGGCAUGGCGGUUGCUGCAGGGUCCUUCUUCGACACUGUUACGAUCGAUGCCGGGAAGAACGCCAAAGCUGUGGUGGAGAAGCUUCAGGCGAAGCAGCUGAACAUGCGCGCGAUCGACGACAGCUUGAUCUCUGCGGCCUUUGACGAGACGCAUCUGCAGGCGGGGUACGGAUAUAGGGUUUAA